AUGGCGAGCGAGUACGAUGCCCACGAUGCCAUUCUUCACCACAUUUUCAAGCAAACCCAAGGCGAGGCUUGGUUCAAGCCCACACAGGAGUCGAGGCAGGCCACCCUCCGUAUCGAUACCUCGCCUCCUCGCUUCCGUAUCUUUCCCUAUGAGAACCUAGGUCUUGCUCCUUUUGAGGCUGCAGUUCGCGGGCUCAACCCGCUUGUCGCCGUCAAGAUUCGCUCGGCUUCAGUACACGCCGCCCUCGCCCUCACUGCAGAAACCGAAACCGGAAUUUUCGUAGACAAGGCUACGCGGAUUCAAAUUCUCGAGACGAUCGCCCAUUUGCCUUCUGGAGAUAAGGAGCAAGGGGCUGCGUUUAUUCGCGACGAAAAGGUUCUCGUUUGUUGGUCUGACCAUCUUGAUGGCAUCAUUCCAACGUGCAAGGAAAUGGAGGAGAAGCUCAUCUCCCUCGUCUGGAAAUUCCGGCCCGAACAGCUCCGUACGGCUGAACAACAGGGCAGCGCCGCGGCCUCCAUCCGAUUCGGGUCCACCAUCUCUGUGGGAGAGACUGCUGAGAAGCAUGGUGACGGAGAGAAGUUUGACACCAUCCUCGGUACGGAGGACGUCGAAGUUGGGAAUGCAAAGCGAAGUGCGCCCCGGUCGAUGCGUCUCUUCGCGCCGGUCUACAACGGGAUCGGCGCUGCACUAUGCCUUGUGUUGACCAUGGACGGUUUGCGUAAACUCCUCAUCGAGUUUUGGCUCGUGGGUGGUCCCAUUCGCUUCGCCCUCAUCGCCGUGUUCCCUUUCAUCUUCUGCGUUUCUCUGUUCUUUUACAACUUUGUCGUCAUCCUUAUCUCCCAGGUCAUUGGUCCCGUCGCACAGUAUCACCAAAACUCCAAAUACUACUCUGCCGUCAAACCCGCUCCCAAUCCAACUGUCGACACCAAGCUCCCUCACAUCACGAUUCAAAUGCCCGUGUACAAAGAAUCGCUUACCGAGACCAUUGCCCCUUCCUGCGAGUCGAUCAAAAAGGCGAUGCAGACGUACGCUCGUCAGGGCGGCACAUCCACGAUCAUGAUCUGCGAUGAUGGAAUGCAGCUCCUUGACGAGGCACAGGCCAAUGAACGAAAGCGUUACUAUGCCGAUCAUGGCAUUGGCUGGAUUGCGCGUCCAGGACAUUCAAGUGCGCCUGAUGGCUUCAAGCGUGCUGGAAGGUUCAAAAAGGCAUCAAACAUGAACUAUGCCCUCAAAAUCUCGCUAAAGAUGGAGGAACAUUUGAACAGAUUCAUGAAAGAUCCAAAGGCUCUUGAGAGUGCGCGCAUAGCGGCACGACUCGCAGCCAGGACUGCGCAAACAUCUGGACAAAUGCUGGGCUUAGACCAGAUCGAGGAUGCCGAGGAGAGCAUGGAGGACCUCGCUCUCACCGCUGCCAUGGACGAGGUCAUGGCGGAAAGCGGAGGCCGAUUCCAGCCCCAGGGUGCAGGUGGCCGGGCCCUUCGCAUCGGAGAAAUCAUUCUCAUUGUCGAUUCGGAUACCCUCGUCCCCGAAGAUUGCUUGCGGGACGCCGCACGGGAAAUGGCAGAGUCGCCCGAAGUCGGUGUCAUUCAACACGAGUCGGACGUCAUGCAGGUUUCGUUCAAUUACUUUGAAAACGGCAUCGCCCACUUCACUCGUCGUGUCAACAAGGCCAUCUCCUUCGCCGCUGCAAAUGGAGAAGUCGCCGCCUUUGUUGGACAUAACGCCUUCCUGCGCUGGAGUGCUCUUCAAGACGUCGCGUUUAUCGAUCCAGCUGAUGGUGAGCGCAAGAUUUGGUCCGAAAGCAACGUGUCAGAGGACUUUGACAUGGCGCUGCGCCUGCAACUUGGUGGCUAUACCGUUCGAUGGGCUAGCUACUCUGAAGGUGGAUUCAAGGAAGGUGUAUCGCUCACAUGCGACGAUGAGCUCAAUCGCUGGGAGAAAUACUCUUUCGGUUGCUCAGAGCUCAUCUUCAAUCCGUUUAUCCAAUGGUUCACCAAAGGUCCGAUCAAUAAGCAACUCCGGAUAUUCGUCUGGAGCGGUGCGCCGGUCCAUUACAAGAUCUCGAUGUUGGCCUACAUGUUCUCAUACUACGGCAUCGCGGCUGCCUUUACCCUCUCCCUCGUCAACUAUUUCAUCGUUGGUCUGGAACUUCCCCUCGAUCAUAUGUAUCUCCCAUCAUUUGAAAUCUGGGUAUCUGUCGUUUUAGUGUUUCCCCUUGCCGGAAACGUUGGCCAUACCAUCCUGGAAUACCGCCUUGGUCACAAGGGUUUGCUUGCGGCGCUGUUCGAAAACUUUAUGUGGCUCCCAUUCUUCUUCAUCUUCUUCGGCGGCUUGUCGAUCCACCUCUCGAAGUCGAUUCUUGCUCACAUGUUCUCGUACAAUAUCACAUGGGGUGCGACGAAAAAGGAGGUCGAGCGCUCCAACUUCUUCCUUGAAGUGCCCAAGAUUCUCAAGCGGUUCCGGGUCGCACUCAUCGUCUGCUUCCUUGCGUCGGCGACGAUGAUCGUCUUUGCGCUCCCUCAGAUCCCACGCGACUUGCGGAUUCCAAUCACCAAUUGGUCUGUCUGCCUGCCUCUGAUUGUCGGGGUUGUGUCGCAUAUUUUGUACCCUAUCGUCUUGAACCCCUACCUCAUGGUGUUCUCGUACUGA